GGUCUUUUGAGACAGGGUUUUUCUGUAACUUUGGAGGCUGUUCUGGAACUCACUCUCUAGACCAGGCUGGCCUUGAACUCACAGAGAUCCUCCUGCCUCUGCCUCCCAAGUUAUAGGAUUAAAGCCUGUCCCACCAGCCCAGCAUGAAUUAAUGUUCUUAACUGAUUGUUCAUGGUUCUCAUUGUUGGUUUUACUAGGGGAUCACUCCACCCCGUCUCUCUGCAGUCCCCUCCCCCACCCAAGAAGGAAACUACCUCAUUCACUAACUUACUUCAUGGAUAGGAAACUUGGGCCAUGGUUUCAGCCAUCUAUACAUGGUAUUUUCUUUUUUUAUUAGAAGGGAGUAAUGUGCCUUCAAUAUUCGUCUUCCCUCUCUAGCACAGAAUGUUUCCACUUCAUCUGCUUGUUACAUAGCCUUCUUUCCUUUUCCUGCCUUCAUCUCUACUCGUCCAGACUGACUCAUUUCAAGCUUCAUGACUUCAGGCCUCAGAGCAACAUUUGGUUUUUCUUCACAGCUUAAGGAAGUGCUUGCUCUUAAAGAUUUAUUGAGAGUCUGGCCCUGGCCAAGUUGUCCCUGUCCUGGCUUCUGCCCAUACUUACCAGCUGGCUGCUCCAGGGUCCUCUGCCAUCCCCUAGGUGAUCUCUUCAGCCUCUAGGCUUUAGUGUCCAUUGUAGGCUGAAAAUGUCUCAUCAACUUCCAUUCAGAUCUUACUCCCUACCCACUUCCCCUCUGUAAAUGGCAACUCCACCUGUGCAGUUCUAACUACACCCUAGCCUUACGUCCUACUUUGAAGCCAAUUUGUUGCCAUCUCUUAAACUGUAAAGUGGAUAAAGAAACCAGCAUCUCGCUGGCUCUACUUUCCAUUAGUUUCCUGGGCUUAGGCCAACUGGUCCUCUGUCAAAUGAGAGCAGUCGCCUCCUCACUAGGCUCCUGGUUCUGUCUUUCCUCCUUCAUUUGGGUUCUGAAAAAACCCUUUUAAAAUGUAUGAGCUUUCCUCAUCAAAAUUCUCAGAAAUCCCUUAUAGUGGUUCUCCAUCUCAGUCCGCCCCGUGGCCCGGGUUCUGUUUCCUCCUCCUGGUAACAACAGUGUCUUCCUAGCCCUAUUUAAAUCUGCAGCAUUCCCUGUAGUACCAGCGGUCUUAACCCACUCCUCCUGUAAGCAGGAUGCUUCCCAGGGCUGAGGAAAUUGGUAGCUAAGCACUCUGGUUUUGAGACAGGGCCCCCUAUGUAGCCCAGACUAGCCUGAUCUCUUGAUUCCCCUGUCCCACUGUAUUACAGGCACCUAGCACUUUUAUUUAAUGUUAAAUCCCCGGUGCCUCUUAACUCUAUAACCUAGAACAUGCCCAAUAAAUUUUAUGAAUUAGUACAAGUAACUAUAAUGCCAUCCGUCAUUGUGAUGUAAAUUAACUCAUGUUCGGUACACAAUCUCGGAGGCAGGCAGUUUCCUAUUUUACUGAGGCUCAAAGAAUUUGCUGUGUGCGGGAGACCAAGGUUUCCCCUGGGGCCUCUUAAGGCUGACCUGUCCUCCCUCUCCCUGCAGGUCGCCAGCCAGAUGCCAGCGCCGUCGGCCGACCCGGCGCGGCCCCACGCGUGCCCAGACUGCGGCCGCGCCUUUGCGCGCCGCUCCACACUAGCCAAACAUGCGCGCACGCACACGGGCGAGCGCCCCUUCGCGUGCACGGAGUGCGGCCGGGUACGCAUGCGCACACUGCGGCCGUCGCUUUGCGCAGAGCUCCAAUUACGCGCAGCAUUUGCGCGUGCACACGGGCGAGAAGCCUUACGCGUGCCCGGACUGCGGACGAGCCUUCGGCGGAAGUUCGUGCCUGGCGCGCCACCGACGCACGCACACGGGCGAGCGCCCGUACGCAUGCGCCGACUGCGGCACGCGCUUCGCUCAGAGCUCGGCGCUGGCCAAGCACCGGCGCACAGCUAGUAAAUGGCACAGCAAGGACAAGGGAAUUGGCAAUCACAGUCAGGUUUCGCCAGAACUGUGA